AUGUCUUCUUUGAACAUUCCCCGGCGGCAGUCGGAAGGACCCUCAGACGCCGAUGACCCAAGGCCAGCCGACAGUAGCCCUUGGCUCUACGACAAUAAUUUUGAACCAGAAGACGACCGCUCCCAGUCAGAUAGCUACCUCCACAUGCCAAUCACUCUCGAUGCGUCCACUUAUCAGAGCCUUCCUGCCGUUGACAAUAACUGCAAUGAAUUCCUGGCAAGUCAGAAUGAGUCGGUUUGUGAUAGCACCGGGCCUUUUGCCAUGAACAGUACAUCUUUGUCUCCAAUUUUCUAUGACCAUGGCAGUACCGUGGAUUACUCACUGUCAGGAGUGGACGCCGCCGAACCCACAUUUGGCGGCAGCGACAUCACGCUGGGCGACUGGAGUUCAAUUGCAUUGCAAAACACUGCUGCCCCAGAUCUUGACUUGUCAAUGAGCGCUUAUGAAAAUCGGCACCUGGAAUCACUUGCAAUCUUUGCUUUCGAUAACAACCCGUUCCCUGGGAUUGAGACGGACCACGAAUCGGCGGCAGCUCCCGAGGCAGCGUUGUUGGCUAAUGAGGCACUGCACCCAACAACUCCGACCACUCUUCCACGCCAGUUUCAGUGCACCCGUUCCAACACUAAGAACCAAUCAGCAGGGGAGACCUGUCGCUCAUCCUUCCAUCAGCAAAGGGAUUACGACCGUCACUUGAGGACAGUCCAUGCUGAAAAAGACGACCCGAAGUACCGGUGCAGAUGUACUGCAAGCACUGCCCGCAAGGACAACUAUAUGCGACACAUUCAAAAGUGCGCCAAAGAACUUCGGGAGCCGUUUUAUCAUUGCAAAUGUGGAGACGAAUGCCGCGACAAGUCGGCUCAUUUGCGUCAUGUCAAGGCCUGUGCCAAGUGCAAUGGUAAACGCGGGCGGCCCUCUGGGACAAGAGGUACUGCUUAG